AUGAAGGAUGCUAAGAUCUACUAUCCAUCAAGGGAUGAUCCAACUUCUGUUGAAAUUGCUUACAAGGAUAUGGACUGCCUUGCUCCUGAAGCUUUUUUGACAUCGCCUAUUAUGAACUUUUACAUCAGAUAUUUACGGCUGCAAGCAUCUCCAGCAAAUAAGGCUACGUGUGAUUAUCACUGUUUUAACACAUUCUUUUACAAGAAGCUGGAACAGGCUAUGUCAUAUAAGGGGAGUGACAAAGAGUCUUUUUUUGUCAAGUUCAGAAGGUGGUGGAAAGGUGUCAAUAUAUUUGAGAAGGCAUACAUACUUAUUCCCAUACAUGAUGAUUAUUUGAAAGAAGAAUGGAAGUAUAUGAAUCAAGUAGUUGUUCCUGCAGAUUUUCCAAUUCCAGAUAGAAUCUGGAAACAUCUAGAUCGUAGAAUUGAGGGGAAAAUCAUUAUGGGUGGUUUUCAAAGUUUGAGGCUUUUGUUUCGACUAUUAGUCCUUAUUGACCCUGAUAACUUGGGAUUAGGAGAUCUAAGGAAGGUGCCCCAACAGAAAAAUGACUAUGACUGUGGUCCCUUUGUACUUUUUUUUAUGGAGCGCUUCAUUGAAGGAGCCCCUGAGAGGCUGAAAAAGAAAGACUUGGCAAUGUUUGGCAAGCAGUGGUUCAGACCUGAAGAGGCCUCUGAUUUAAGAAAGAAAAUCAAGAGUUUACUUAUGGAUGAAUUUCAAAAAGCAUUCGAGAGUGAUGAGGCUAUUAGUUUUCCAAGAUUGGAUGGACGCUCUACGUGUGGUUCGCAUUUUGAAUGCUGCAUUGUGCAUGCAAAAGUGUAUAGCCUGAGUACUUUAGUUCAGAGAAAGUAA